GAGAAGAUGAGGACGCUAAGCGGCCGGCUCGCACCUUCAGCCUCGCAUGAUUAGCCUCCCCUUUUAAACAGCGUACAUCUAAGUCUGUUUGCCUUUUUUAUAUAUAUAUAUAUAUAUUGUAUAUGCAAUUUUAAUGUCGUUUAAGUGUGAUCGAGGAGUUGUAGAGAGGGACGAGGUGUGACGCUUGGAAAAAGGAGCACGAUCAAUUGCACCGGAUGUUAUUAAACGCCUCAUAAAGAGCAAGGAGUAGAAUCAAGACCAAAGCCAUGGAGGUUGUAUUGCAUAUGGUGAACGACACAAUAGAGUUUUACAAAUGGAGCCUUACUAUAGCAGACAAGCGGGUGGAAACCUGGCCAAUGAUGUCAUCACCCUUACCCACACUGGCCAUCAGCAGCCUCUAUCUGCUCUUCCUGUGGGCAGGGCCUCGAUACAUGCAGGGCCGUCAUCCCUAUACACUCAGAAAGACCCUGAUAGUCUACAACUUCAGCAUGGUGGUCCUAAACUUCUACAUCGCCAAAGAGCUCCUGCUUGGCUCAAGAGCAGCUGGGUACAGCUACCUCUGUCAACCUGUCAACUACUCUAACGACGUCAAUGAAGUCAGGAUAGCUUCAGCUCUUUGGUGGUACUACAUAUCCAAAGGAGUGGAGUUCCUGGAUACUGUCUUCUUUAUCCUGAGGAAGAAAUUCAACCAGGUCAGCUUCCUCCAUGUGUACCACCACUGCACCAUGUUCAUCCUCUGGUGGAUCGGCAUCAAGUGGGUCCCUGGUGGGCAAGCUUUCUUCGGAGCAACGAUCAACUCUGGCAUCCAUGUCAUCAUGUACGGCUAUUAUGGUCUGGCUGCACUGGGACCUCAGAUGCAGAAGUACCUCUGGUGGAAGAAGUACCUCACCAUUAUGCAGAUGAUCCAGUUCCACGUGACCAUUGGACACGCCGGCCACUCCCUCUACACAGGCUGCCCCUUCCCCAACUGGAUGCAGUGGGCUCUGAUUGGCUACGCCGUCACCUUCAUCAUCCUCUUUGCCAACUUCUACUAUCACGCGUACCGACGCAAACCCUCCCAUGCGAACAGGGGGGUAAACCCCGUCACCAAUGGCAUCUCCAAGGCCACCAACGGCCACAGCCAGGCGGAGGAGGUGCAGGACAACGGCAAGAGGCAAAAGGGCAAGGGCCGGGUGAAAAGGGAGUAACGGACUAAGGACGGCUUGCUCGGGAGACAAACCAGAAGACAGUUUUCACGACCCAGAGAUGGAAGAGAAGAGGGGUGGGUAGAUGAGGAGGAAAACCAGGUGAGCGCAGUGCAAAUGAACGCAUUGUGGCCGAAUGGGGUAUUGACGGGAAGACAGUUGCUAUUGGUUGUCUUUCAUCACUGUUUUCAUUUAAAAGCAAGCAAAGCAAACAUGCUAAACACGUAGGCUUCAUGUGUCCAACAUGUUUUUUUGGACCAAGUCACACCCGGAAUAUUGUUGAAGCACGCACCAAACAAAUUUUACCUCCAAGUUUUCUUACACUGGAGCCCAGUCAUGUUUUUCUUUGCAAGCUUCCAUAGUCUUAAAUAAUUCUGCUUUUAUUUAUUUAUUGUGAAUUUAUAGCCCUUUGACUGAGUUUAAUUUAAUGAAUUACACGGACACGUGCUGAGGUUUUUCCUAUGGAAGAGCUUUUGUUUACACAGUUGUUGCUAUCCAAUAAAAAGCUUGUGAGUCCAGGUUUUUAUUUAAAAAAAUGGGUGAUUAAAAACUUGGAGAUACACGUUUUUCAUUGGACAGCCAUUAUAUUUAGUAAUAAAAAAGGCACUCCAUUUACUUUAUUUUGUUUCCCAGAGUCCAACAUUGGGUUUAAUCUUUAGAAGGGGAUUUCAACGUGUAAGGCGGUCUCUAGAAGACUUUACAGGAGACACAGAGGCUUGAAAAAAAAUCAAGAAAAACAAAUUUGUCAAAUCUCUCAAAUCAAUUUUGUUUUGGAGGGAAAUUAAUUGAUUUUUAGUUCUUAGAGUGAGUGAGUUAAUGGAGUCGGUUGAGCUGGAAACUCCACAAAGUAUUCUCAAAAAAAUCAGUUUUUUGGGGGAAAGGGGAGGCCCCAACCAUAAAAUAUUUUUUGAGGGGAGGCUCACUGUGCCACACUUGGAAAACCUUCAGUUGACAGCAGUAGCUUUGGCUGUCACUGUGCUGCACUGAAUCUUAGUUAGUUUUUCAAUUUUAAAAACGGUCAGGGAAGGGGACAGUAGUUGUUGUUGUUUUUUUUAGCGUUUGUUUUUUUUUUGCGUAUUUGGCAACUUAUUUUUGAGGGUCUCCUUUUUUUUUGCUGUGCGAUGUAGCCGGAAAUAAAGAGAUCGAUUGUCUUCUUACUGCCACCA